CAUUAGGAUAGCAAUAGCCAUAUCCCUUUCACGAGCCGUACUCAUCAUCAUCUCAUGCUUCCAGAAGCUGUUUUCAUUUCCAACUUCAUGAUCUAGCCUAUCUCCUUUCUCUUUCCCAAUACACUCUUUCUGUUCCAUAAUCGAUAACGUGAAUCAUCAAGAUGGUUGCCGAUACUCUAAUUUACCACCCAACCGUCGCCCAUUACCUCAAAUUCGUCGCAUCAACCGUCGGUCGCGAUAAGCUCCUCCGAACCCUUCAAUACUUUUCCCGAUUCUACGCCUGGUAUCUCCUUCGUACCAAUGGGACCUCCAGCGAAAUUGCUCCUUUCGAAGCCAUUAAAAAGCAAUUUGGACUUGCACGUAAAUUAAUGCGGUUUGGCAAGAAUGUCGAGCAUUUGAAAGCAGCUGCUAUCGCUGCGGAUUCUAAGAGUCUUGAUCCGGUGAUCAAGUAUUGUGCUGUGGGAAGACAACUGGGAUAUGCCGGUUAUUUAACCUUUGACGCCCUUACGGUGUUGGAUGCUGCGGGCAUUAGAAAAAGUCCAUCAGCUAAGAGGAUACAGAAGGAGGCCUAUAGAUUUUGGUUGAUGGGACUGCUGUUUAGUACCGCAUCUGGAAUGUACUCUUUGUACAAUCUUCGCCAGCAAUCUGCGAGGAUCGAUAAGAAGGAUGGUGAGGGUGUCGUGACUAGCAAGAGAAUCGAGAAGUGAGUUAAGCCUUAGAUAUGAAGGCAGUUUGCUUGUUACUAAUUUCUCGUUAUAGGGAACGCGCUGCAAUAAAUAUGCAACUCCUAUCGGACCUAUGCGAUAUCACAGUUCCCAGUUCGGCGAUAGGCUUGGCUAAUUUCGAUGAUGGUGUUGUCGGAUUGGCAGGAACUGUGAGCAGUUUGAUCGGUGUCUACAGUCAAUGGAAGAAGACUGCUUAAAUAAUAUACCAUUUAGGCGUCACAGUCAACAGAGCAUUUAAUAAAUUGCCAGGAUUGGAGAUCUUGCAGCUGCUAUUCCGGGCUGUUAAGAUUGGUGAUGGUUAAUGAAAUUUUAUGCAUGAGAUUGGGCCAGUGACACCGUAGCCUUGCAGGUCCAAGUAGUCUGGAAUAAUCUCAUGCAAUUGAAAGACCAUGAUGACGGGCCAGAGUUCACCGGAGUUUAUAAGCGAAAAUUGUAUUUAAGAUAGUGUUAGAUUAUCCUUUUGCCAGAUUGUUCUUCUACCAGUUAUUUUUGGAUUUUCCAAUGAAAAGGCGUUUUGGUCUGGAUUUUAAUUAUGAACUUUCCCUUGAAAAUAUUUGUUAACGGAGACUGAAUUUUGAGCGAAGAAAUCUGUUUGUACAUAUGCCUUUUACUAAGCCUUCUUCUAGGAGCUUCUUAUUAU